AAUUGAACAAGCCUUCAAAGUCUAUGACUCUAAAAAGAAAUUAGGUGGUUUCAGAAAGGAAGUUUCGAGGUUUAUCGCUAAAGUUAGAUCACCCAAGGAGAAAAGUACACCCGUGGCAGAUCUACCACAAGGGUAGCCUCUGGACAUCAUUUUGAUGGGCAAGGCAAAUCGUGGUGCCAGCACUACGGGAAACACCAUUUUCGGACAAAAGAAGUUUUUCAGCCAAAUACCAACAGAAACUAUGUUUUCUCCGUGUCUGAAGAUCAGCGAUUCAGUUGGGGGACGUGAUCUUAAUGUUGUGGAUUAUGGUGGGAUGGUUGAUCAGGUUCUGACUAGGAAUAUGAUAAGCAUGCUUAAUCAGUCAGGAAUGUGGUUCCCCCGCGGGGUUCAUGUAAUUCUGUUGGUUAUGUCUGCCAUCGAGCGCCUGAGCAAGGAAGAAAUUUCUGCAAUAGAGUCACUCCGUCAGUCGGAUCAGAACAUCCUUGGGAAAUAUGUCAUCUGCGUCUUUACUCACGGAGACUCAUUUCACCGCCAGAUGGAACAGGAUAGAAGGUCGCUAACAUUUGGCCAGUACAUAGAAUCUGUAGGAGGUCCAAUGCAGAAGCUGCUGCAGGAUUGUCAUAACCGUUACAUCUUAUUUAACAACGCUGAAGCAGAUCCUGGGAAGAAGAGAGAAAGGGUCACUGACCUCAUUAGACUGAUUGACUGUCUUAUCAAAGAAAAUGGGGAAGAGAAACUUUCUCUUGACCCUGAAAAUGUAUCCGAUGACGAUGACUGUUAAAUCUUGGCUCGAUUUUGAGGCUUAUAGGAUGAGAGUUUCGCCUUUGGUUUAAUGAUUUAAUUUGAAUAUGGAAAGUGUUGGGGAUACAAGUUUCGACGUU